GGUCGCGCUGCAGCGCUCUUUCCAUGUAUUCAUUUAUCUCUGCGAAGAGAGAGAUAUAGCUAUGGGAAUGUGUCGACUGGAUGAUAUUUAUUUGUUGCGUCGCUAUAUAAUACCGAUAUACUCACACCCACAUGGGAAGAAGAACUGCAGAGAGACGUUUACUUUUACACCUAUAUAAGACUGUAGACAUGUGCUGGUGCACUCACACAUCCACGAGUAGUGGUGGGGAUGAACAAAGAAUGGAGUAAAAAAGUACCUCUGCCGCGGACUGCACGGAACAAAAUCUUAUUCGGGGUGGGGGUUGAAUGAGGCGUGGAUAAUUCCGAAAGAGGAGGAGGACUUUGUGCGGAAGGGGCAGUCGUCCGGAGGGAAUGGAGGGAAAACGCGACCAAGGAGGGACUAUCGUCGGGCUGCAGCUGCCAGAAUCCAAAUAUCCAACGGCGUAGUCGAAACUUAUCCUCGAAAAUUGUCCACUCGACGAAUUUGAGAAAAACAAAAAAAAAAAAAAAUCAUCGCACAAGCGGUGUUCGAAAAUCAUCAACGAAUUUCGCGUCGCGAGCUGAAAGUGAAUUGCCUCAAAUUUUCGUGAUGAAAAUUGAAAAAGCGAAUGAAAGAAUUGUAAAGUACCAAUUUUUUUCAUCGCAACCGUUGAGGAAUGAUUGAAGUUCAGUGUUCUAGCCCGAAUGAAAAGAAAAGCAAUAUUUUUGGUACUUGGAAUUUUCGGUGGUCGAACGGGGAUGAUUUUUAAUUGUGAACCUGAGGACGAGUAAUUUCGACCGGUCGGUCGAAUGGGGGACAAUUUCGAGCAGCUACGCCAUUGGGAGUAGGGAUAGAAGGAGUUUCGUGAUUGGAGGACGAUCGUGGGGACAUUAUAUCGGGUGGAGUGAGUCGAGCGAGAGUGUUGGGAAGUUGUUUCCUAUACGGGGGAGGGCGGGACUUGCCCGUGGAGGAGCAGGGAGGCAUCGCGUUAAUAGAGAUACAAUCGAGGGUGUCUAGUGCACCGGCACUGGAACUGGGACCGGGUCUGGGACCGAGAGUGCACUCUCUCUUUUGGUCCGGCGUACAGCGGCCGAAGGAAUUGUGGGGAAGGUGGAAGAGUCCGAGUCGUCGGUGUGUAGGAGGAGUGAAAAAGUGAAGGGUAGUCAACUCGAGGGGGAGGGAUAGCUGCACUGCCUCUGCCGCUGGACGUAGUUUAGACAUCAGCGACGGCAGGAUAGACAGGCAGUCAGACCCGUCACGGCACUCGGUCAAGUACCCAGAAAACACGACCCAACACACAAUUCCUCAAACUGCGCUACGGUGCAUGGCUAUCGAAGCUAAAUGCACCUGAUGCUACGCAGUACCAAGACGCGAUCAACCCUCCUUCUUCGAUCGGCGAGACAGAUUCGAAUCGAACGAUAGUUUGUCGCCCACGUGAUGCACGAACAAGUGUGAUUGAUUCAUCGUCCAGUGCGCGUUUCGAGCUUUUUGUCAUUCUUCGUAAUUUUUUUGUUCUUUUUUUCUCUUUUCGUUUCAUCGUUUCGCGUUGCAACAUUGCCGGAUCCCGAGGGAUACGGAUUAGAAUUGAAAACGAAAAAAAAAAAAAAGAAAUUCCCCAAAUGAGCGUCGCGAUGGCUGUGGCGAUGGACUCUACAUACGGAGUUCGUUUAGGGGUCGGUUCGUCGGUUCAUCGUCGAAGAGUUUGUUCCCCGUCCCAUCAGCAGCACCAACUGCAGCAGCAACAUAUUCUCCACGGUGGGGAUAACGAGGGUGAAGAAGAGGAAGAAGACCGUCGUUCGCUGACGGAGAAUCCGUUGAGAUUCAGCGUACUGAAUAUACUGAGACCAGAUUUCGGAAGGAAGGCGAUACUGAGUAAAAAGACGAGGGCGUCGGGGAGACCGCAAGUUCCGAUAACCGCGACCGUGUUACCUCGACACAGUCCGCUUCCGGUACCGAGGGAUCUCAGCGUUACCGGAAGUAGCUCGAACAGACUGUCACCGUCCCCCGUUGUCUACGGGAAUCAAGGGAAUUCGCUGCACAUCAAUUCCCUGAGAGAUUGUAUCAGAGAUAGAGAAAGAGAGAGAGACGUCCUUUCGACGCACGGCAGUUUGUCAUCGCCUCUGAAUUCCAACUCGUCAUCCGCGCACUCUCUCAUUCACGGAAGACUCAGCAGAAGCGGAAGUCUCGAGAGUUUGUCGAGCAACAGAAGUUCGAUAACCGGGAGUAGUUCGGUCGUCGGAGGAAGUUGCAGUACCCCUUCCAUAUCCUCGGCCGUUUCUUCGAUCGGUACCGAUUCCUGCCCCAGUGAAAGCAGCGCUUCCGCCACGGGGACCGGAAGUGGCCAACAAAAUUCGAACAACGGACAGAGUCUUUGGCCGGCGUGGGUCUACUGCACCAGAUACUCGGACAGACCUUCUUCCGGGCCCAGAACGCGACGCGUAAAGAGAUCGAGCGGGAGUGACAAAAAUGCAUCGUCGGAAGAGAAGAGACCGAGAACAGCGUUCAGCGCCGAGCAAUUGGCACGUCUCAAACAGGAAUUUGCGGAAAAUCGUUACCUCACCGAAAGGAGAAGACAACAGCUAUCCAGAGAUCUCGGACUCAAUGAAGCUCAGAUUAAAAUUUGGUUCCAAAACAAGAGAGCCAAGAUUAAGAAAUCUACCGGGCAGAAAAAUCCACUCGCUCUUCAACUCAUGGCUCAAGGACUCUACAAUCAUUCAACGGUUCCCGUCGACGAGGACGGCGAAGAGAUACCGCCGGAAGAGAAUCGAUCUUGAAAACUGAACGAGAUGAAAAAUUUUUUUGUAAUGAGAUUCACGUAAAAGUCCGGUGUAAUACAUACAUACACAUAUAUGUAUAUAUUUUAUGUUUUAUAGACUGAUUUAUUAUAUAUAUUUUAUUUUGUUGAUGUGAAAAAUUUUACGCGUACCUAUAUCUUACAUUAUACAAUACAGUAGGUCAUAUAUACACUUUAGAUCUUGUACAUAGUAUAGAUAGAAAAAAAAAAAUUGCGAGGUAUUUAUUUUAUGCCGUGUACAAAAUACAUAUUAUCGUUGUUAUUAUUAAGAUCGUAAUAAUUGUCAUUAUCGUAACGAUGUGAAGAUAAUCGUAUACGUGUUAUUCUCCGGAGCGAUCCAUGGAAACGAUCUCAUCAGUAUACAUAUGUGAAAUAGAUAUAUUCGUAUAAAAAAUACUAAUUAAAUGGAUAUAAUUAUAGUCUGCACUGUCAAACGAUUUAUGAAAAUAAUUAAAGUACGAUUAUGAUAUUGUUAAACCAGUAUUGUUUAUGG